ACCGCCUUGUUGCAGUGGAUGCCGGGAGUUGUUGUUUUUCGCUGGCCGCGCGGCACGCUUCCGCUCGAGGAUCGCACGCUCUAUCUGCGCCCGCCAGCGCUGCCCGGGCCCCAGCAAUCGGCGGGUCACCGACCGCUGGCCGCCGUGAGCGGAAACACCGGAGGGGGGGGGAGGAACUAGCUCCUUGGCAACGGCAGCAAACAACCGCCGCCAUCUUGUUUUCCCUCUCGUGUAGUUCCGAGUCCCUGUUCGGGCCGUUUCGCAACACUGAGGCCGGCUCGCAGCAGGACUACAGCUCCCAGCAGCCCUCGCGCUCUCUGGCAACGGCGCGCGCGGGGUCCGUGCGGUUGGAGGGAGCGCGCCGGGACACGGACGGCACGGCCGGGAACGGGAUGGGGAGCGCCGGGAACGGCCGGGGAUGGGACCGGCAGCGGCGGGGACAGCCGGGGACGGCAGCAGCGGCGCAAGGCAGACGUGGCCGAUUCUCCAUGGUGAAGAUGGUCAGCCACAGAGAACUUAUUGCACUAAUAGUGCAACAGCUUAACAAGUUUAACCCUGCAAAUCAGAGCCUGGAGGAUUUCUUGAAUGAAUCAGCUAUGAUGUUGCAGACUCUUAAUGUGACAGAAGAAAAAUUUGUAUUGGAUACACUAGCAGGAUGCACAGAAUAUAAAUCCAUAUUGGAUGUGGUUGUCAAUGCCUUUUAUGUUCAGGAUGGGAGAUACUGCCCAAUUUCUGAGCGUAAUCUCUAUAUAGUUAUCUGUUAUCUAGCUACUUUUCAACUAGAAGAGAUUGGUCUUCAGCGCUUCAGCAAAAUUGUGAAAUCCUUGGACACUGCAAAAAUGCAACAGUUUCUUAGGUUCUUCUUCAAUGAGUUGCAUCUGAACACAUGGAUAAAAGAUGAAUGGAGUCACUUCUACGAUUCAGUGUAUGUUAAAGAGAACUGGAUUGAUCCACUGCUAAGGUGGCAGCCAAAAGUGCAGCAACUGAUUGAAAAGCUCACAGAUAAAUUAAGUAAUCGUACCACCACUGUCAAGACUUCAAGAGUCACUCAGCCAAAGGAAUUUAAUUUGACUGUACCCAAGCCACGUGCCAUUCCUCCAUCUUCACCAGCACCUCUGCCAGUACUGCCAAAAAGACAACCUGUUCCUCCAAGCAUCUAUAAGCCUCCAAAGGAAAGAAAGCAACUAGAGGAAAUCAAAACAAAAAAUAUCCAAAAAGCAAAAGAUCUGCUCCUGAAAGCAAAUACUAACCAGUUCAGGUGUGCAACCAUCAAGCCUGAAAAGAGAGAGAACAUACAUGACAGUAUGGAGAGUAAACCAGCAUUCAAGGCUCAAAAGAUCCAAAGCAAGAUUGACAAUAUACCCGUUAAAUUAAACACAGCAGCUAUUUUGAGGGAGGAUGCCCUCUACCAGCGGAAAUUGGAAGAGGAGAUCAGAAGAAUUGAAAAUUUGCAACAAGGGGCUGGGGAUCUAUCUGAAUUCUUGGAAUGGCAGAAACAGAUGCGUGAAAAAGAUUUGGGAGAACAGCUGACUGAAAUGGAGUGUAGGAGGCUUCAAGGGAAACUGAGCUAUGAAGAGGCAGUUCUAGCCCAUCAGAAUGUAAUCCAAGAAAACAAGAAGAAAGCUGAUCUAUUGAGAGACAAGAAAGCAGAGCUGAUGCACCUGUAUGCAGAGAAAUGUCUACAGGAACAGAAAGAAAUGAAAGAGCUGGUGGAACAGGUCAUGGAAGGACACAAGAAUGUAAAGCAAGCAAAAGCAAAGAUCCAGGAAUACAAACAACAGAUAGUUCAGCAAGUUUGUGAAGAAAGUGGAGAACUUCUGCGGCAAGCUUUAGAAGAAAGGGAGGACGAGAAUAGGAAAAGAUAUGAACAAGUUCAACAAAUACGAGCUAUUGAGUCUGCACCUAGCAUCAGACACAAGUUUGUUGAUUUAACAGAGACUGGUGGCCAUGGAUUAUUUGGUGAAAUGUCAAUAGUGGAACUACGGGAACGCCUCGCCCUACUCAAGGAAGCGCAGAAGGCAGCAGAGGAAGAGAAGAGAGACCAGAUAAUUCAUGAGAAACAAGCUAAGGAACAACUUAUUCUAGACAAACUGAACCAGAUUUCCCAAUUCAGAGCAGAACUUGGACGAGCAGCUGCUUUAAAGCAAGAAGAAAAGAAAAAGUCCCAGUCUAUUGAAAGGCCCAUGAAAGAUGAACGCAUUUUAAACCUGCAGAAGAAGAUUGUAGAAAAAACAAUGGAGCGUAAAAAGCAAGCAGGACUCUUGAAGAUUAUCCCCCAGAAAACCAGAAUGGUGUCAAGCAAGGAUUCUUCACAGUGGAAGUAUUGUAAAGAACUGGAAGAGAGUCGGGAAAGGCAGUUCAGAAUCCUUCAGCACGGCUUCAUGGACAGAGAAGCAGUUCAGAAAAGGGAGCUCAUUGUGGCAGCAAGAAGUGGAGCCAAAGCCUGUGUACUGCGCUCUGAUCUAAAGUAAAAAUACAUUUGGAACAAACUCAGGCCUGCUGGAAAUAUCUGAUUACCUAUUUACAACAGGGUUGAGUUUUAUUCUUUAUUUCACUUUUACAAUGUGAUUAGAAAAAUGCAAGUCUUACAGGCACAAUAGAAUAAAAACCUGUUUGGAGGUUAUAAUAUAAUUUAUUUUUAUGUUAUUUUAUAAUGAUGUAAUGAUUAAUUAUAUAAUGAUUUUUUCUGCUAUAAUCAAAAGCUUUAAGAAACUGAAACUUUAUCAUCAGAGCUCCUGCAGCAUAAUGGCAAAUACCUGUGUAAGAAUGUCAAGACCUGUAUUUCCGGUUUUGUAUACUAUGCCAUGGUUUGCUACACUCAUUUUUCCAAAGGAAUAAAAAUGAGGGCAAACCCCAAGGAAUAUUUGUUUACAUUAUGCAUCUUUUCAGAAGGCAUGGUCAGCCCAAGUUCCUAGCCUGUCUUCUUACAUGAGAGUAACUAUGUGAGAGGAUUGCCAGUUUCAUCACUGUUUCAGAGGAUGCAGGAAAAACUGUUUAGAAGGUUUAGAGGAUGUGAAAGAAGUCAGAGUCUAGAUUCAGUGACCCAGGCAGACCUUCACUCUAUUUGCAGACGUAAAUUUCUUCAGUCUUUAAACAGUAAAAGGAGAACAUAACAUUGAUCACUUUAGGGAGCUGCUUCCAGAAAAAGUAAAAAUUCUAUUACUCACCUAGAAGAUAAUUUGCCCUCUGACAAUUUCCAUACUGUGCAAAACAGCCUUUAAAUCAUAAAAUUUAUUCAGGUACAAAGCCAAGGAAGAUAUAAAUCAGAAUUAAAAUCUGCCCAGCAGUAAGACUAUGUAAUGUAUUUCUAUUUUAACUCAAUGCCAGUUACUGAGUAUUUAAUUAUGGCUAUUGCAAAUAUUUAAAUUGAAGGAGACUGUCACUGAUAUUAGAAUCAGGCAGCUGCUUCAAAUCUUCUCACAACAUUGCAUUUCUCACUUUUUAUUGAAGGAGGUCUAAUGGAAUUCUUUUAUUGCCAUCUAGCUGUGAAGAUCACUUCCACAGCCCACAAGCUGAUAAAAUGUGCUGUAUUUUUCACUCCAAAUAAAUGCUCUAGUAGUCCACAAAGGCAAUGCAGGUAGGGCUCAUGCUCCAUAGCAGGCAUUAAGGAACACAGGAGAAGGAAUCAUAGAAGGAGAACUACAUAGAAAAGGGAACUAUGAUGCCAUGUCUAGUACAGUAUUUUGUAUCUUUAAAUGACAAACCCUUGGUGGCAGGGAGUUUGUCUUCCUUUGUGGUUGUUCAGCAUUCUUUUGCACUGUAUUCCAGACCAACAAAGCUAAUUGGUGACUCUAACACCUCGAUUUUCCAGAUGCCAGCAAUUAACACCUGACAUUCAUGGUCUAGGAUAUUGCAUGGCUGAACAAUUCUUAAGCUUUUUCAUAAGAAUUUGAAAAAGGAAAAAAAAAAAAAGCAUCAUUAAGCAGAUAUGGAGGUCGUGGAAAUUUCAAAACCCCAUCACACUGCAGGCUUCUUGACCUUUGAUUUUGGACCAAGUUUCCAAAUUCUUACUGAAUUACAAUCAAGGUGAUUCAGAAUGAUUUCUAUCUCUAUAUUUUCUUUGUUCUCAAAUGAAAGGACUGAGGAAUAGAGGAAUCUCAAUAACCCAGCUGUGGAGUUUUUGCCUUCAGAGGUGACAAGUAACCCUAUUGCUACUCUGGGAUCUGAUGCAUAGAGUCAUCUUCAGAAUCAACAUUUUGAGGAAUGCAGAAGAAUGUGUUUUGAAGGGAAUACCAAUAUAUUCGUAUACUGGUAUUUUUGUAUCUAUAUAACCUAUUGAUUUUUCAGUGAUGGCAGGCCUUGCAACAGAAUACACAGAAUAACAGAAAAGAUACCACCUUGCUCCUGACAAAUAACUUGAUGCUGGCCACAGCAGAUCCUAUCCAGAACCACUCUGCCCCUGGCUUCUAGAGCGCGUUCUCUGUAUUCCUGUGCGGCACGUGGAAACCUGAGGUGAGCAAUGCAGAGCCAUCAAAGGUCUGGUGGGACUUGUUAGCCUUGUGUUACAAAAGCAGCUGCAGUGCCACUGGAGCCAGGUGAGCUGUGUCACACAGCUCACUGAGACUUGCUGCCUCAGCUGGUGCCUGUGGCAGGGGCCAUCCGCCACCUGGCGCAGCCACACACAGAUAAUUGUGUGAGAAAUGCCUCUGCACUUGCUUCACGGAAACACAGGUGGAUGAAUAAUUCAUGAUUCAUUCAUUUACACAUUCGUCACACCAUUUGCAGCCAGGAAGAGGAGCCUGAGUGAACCUACAGUGUAGGGAGGUGUAACAAAGCCCAGAUUACCUGAGGAAGACCAGGGGGCUUUGCCAUGUGCCAGGCACUGGACACAGGGUGCUCCUCACUCAGAUAACACAGUCACUGCUGGUGGCAUUUGGCUCCCUCUUCCACAUCAGCCUCAGGAACGAGGGAAAGCUCACACUCAGUGACUGCCGUGCCAGGUGGGCUAGAGAACACAGGUGCUUCAUUAUUUAAAUGAAAUUAAAGACACAGAGAUGGUUAUGUUGGGAUGGCAGGAAAAAAAAAAAAUACCUAGUACAAUUCUCCAGCACUCCUCACCCAGAGGAGGAGAAGGGAAGACAAGUUGCUAGGGGAAGCUACCAGUUCAUCUACAAACAUCCCAAUUGCCAGGCACAGGGCAGUAGGAAUCCAGAGAAGGACAGCUGCUUAUUGCACUAAGGUAAAACUGCUGGGGAAAACCCUUUUGAUAGUGAGGUGAGGGCCUUGAAACACUUCUGCAAGUGUUUAUUAGUUAGACAUUGGAUCGGGAGUAAUUAUUCCAUGGGUAAGAGGUAACAAUCUCCCACACUGAUGGCUCUGAUGAAUUUUGCUUGUUUUUUUUCUUUUUGGAAACACACUGAGAAAAAUAAUUUCUUCACAGAAAGGGCUGGGUGGUGUGUUUUUCUUAAUGUAUGUUUUUGUAGUUCCUCAAAAUGGUUUGCUCUGUACUCCCCCCCCUUCCCUUGUUUAGUUGGUUUAGUACUUACUAUAUCCCUUUAUAUAGUUGUCACUCUCCCCUCAGAUCCACCCUUUGUUCCUGAUUGUUCAAGGCACUCCUCCUACCCACCUGUCAAUCCUACCCUGUGCCAGUGCCUCCCACUCUGGAAAUCCCCUAAUCUUCCAGUCCCCAGUGGCUGGUUCAAAUUGUGUUCCCCAUUGGUCACUGUACUAUAACCCCACCUUAUGAUCCUCCCCUAAGUGUACCUAAUUGGCUGAGGAUUUGUGCCCUCCCCUGAGACCUCCCUUGUUUAUAAGCUGCUGUAAGGCUAAGGUAGAGGUCUUCACCUCCGCCCUUCCUCUGAAUUAAGUUCAUUUUGUGUUUCCCUGAUAAUAAAAUCACUCUUCAGAGUGGCAA